AUGGACAAUAUUCAGAAAGAACACGAAAAGGUGUGGAACAACAGCAGGUUGUCGAGGACGACUAGUCAUGUGGACGACAUCAUUAAAACCCUUCAAAGGGCAAGGAACGCCAUCGCCGAAGAUCCCACAUCAAGACAGAUUACUCUGGCAAAACUACAGAACCCAGUCAAGACGUCAUUCGACGGCAUCUUCUCAGGGUUGAAGGACACACAUGGACUGCACAACAAAUAUACAAGAGCAUUGGACAAGGUUUUCAAGGACAAAGUGCCGAGCAGCGAGAUUGACGCCCUGUCCUCACAUCCUGCGUUGAUCAACCGAGCAAUCUACUUGCAUUUGCUUCGAGAAGGGCUAUUCGAUGUGGCGUCGACCCUUCAUUCUGAGGCGCUUGAGAGACAGCAGGCCCAACAGGAGACAGCAGCCCAUUUGAGGUUGGACGUGUCAAUGGAUCACCCCCUCGGGCUGGACAAGACGGAAGAGAACAUGCACGAAAAGUUUUCGAACAUGUACCACAUUUUGAGCGAACUCAAGGACCACCACAACUUACAGCCUGCUAUCGACUGGGCUAGGAGCAAUGCCGUAGCGCUGGAAGCUCGUGGUAGUAAUCUGGAGUUUGAACUCUGCAGAUUACAAUUUGUCAACCUGUUCCUUGACCGUCGAGACGGGGACCAAGGCGAUUUCGAAGCACCGAUACGUGCUCUUCAAUACGCGCAAAGAGAAUUCCAAUCUUUCCGUGGUCGGUAUCUCGUCGAGAUACAGCAGCUGAUGGGCGCCAUACCUUUUUGCUCGAAUUUGGAAGAAUCACCCUACAGUCUCAGAUUCAAUAAUACUACCACGUGGGAGGAAGUUGCGACCUCUUUCACUCGAGAAUUCUGCUCACUCCUCGAGCUAUCCGCAGAUUCACCGUUGUACAUAGCAGCUACUGCGGGAGCAAUCGCCCUACCUAUACUUCUCAAAUUGCAGACGAUUCAGAAACAGAAAAGGACAGAAUGGACAUCACAAAACGAACUUCCUGUGGAGACACCUCUCCCUCCGUCCUAUCAAUUUCAUUCGAUCUUCGUGUGUCCUGUAUCGAAGGAGCAGACCACGGAUCAGAAUCCACCGAUGAUGCUGCCGUGUUGUCAUGUCAUUGCACAAGAAUCGUUGCAGAAGCUCAGCAAAGGCGCCAAGUUCAAAUGUCCCUAUUGUCCAGUCGAGAGCCAUCCAAAAGACGCAAAGAUAGUUAUUUUGUGA